AUGGGCAAAAUUAAGAGUGACUCACCUCGUACUGCAGGGUCACCCAGAUGGCAGAGCCAAUCUGCAGACAGCACAGACCCCCGAGACAGGCCAGCAAACCACCCUAAGCGGCCACAAGCACCGGCAGGGGACCACGACAGGACAGAUAAAAGGCGGGAAACGAGAAGAAACCUCCAGGGUGCCUCUGCAGCAUGGAACACGCUACCUCACCCGACGAAACCGCUCAGGCUGCAGACGCCCAGGAGCUCCAGUCCUGAACAUCACUACCAAGCAACGGGCAUGCGAGAACACAGGAGGAAACCCCAUGUAGAGACCUCCGACAGCACCUGCACCAGAACAACCGCGGCCAACUUCGGAAGCACCCGAAACUAUGAGCUUCAGAAGCAGUACCACAGGACUAACUUGCCGGGUCCCCAGUGGCCCCAAGUGCCCUCUACCGAGAUUAGGUACCAGCUAACUCUGGACGCACUCUGGACUUUGCAGUGGACAUUAGAAACGUGGCCCCGACCCUGUCAACACGGACACAGACGGUACUUACGGACCCACACGCACUCUGACAUACCUGACAACCCACCAGCAUAA